AUGUCUGUGAGGCAGAGUUCCUUUUAUGGUGGAAAGGGAGGAAAACCCUACACUCUCUACCCGGACAAAACCUCACAUGUGAAGCACUUGAAGGUGUGGGCUGGAAAAUCAGCUAGUAAUGUCUCCGAGCACGUCGUUGUCAAAGGGAUCGAGGUCGAGUGGUUCAAUGGGGAAAAGCGCAAGGUCUACAAUCAUCCCAACCCAGAUGACGCAUCUACCGAGUAUUCGUUCCAAAACGGCGAGACUGCAGUUUGGACUAUACGGGCAGGAGAUGUCAUUGACAGACUUGAGUUUGACACGAGCACUGGACAAGGCUGGAAUGCCGGAGGCCUCGGUGGCUCUGUUCAUGUGCGAGAAGUGGGCGUGGAGGAGAAGGCCGAAAGAAAAGGUAGAGAAAGAGAGGGCAGAGGGUGA